AUGGAUGGUCAGCAGCAAGAGAGUCAAGAGGUGAAAUCUGAUGUGUUCUGGUCUCCCCACCAAAGUGGUCUGAUGGGGGGAAAAGUACCAGGAGAUUGUCGGGGUCCACUGAGGACAAGCAACAUCAAAACAGAGCCAGGUCCUACACCAUUGGUGAAAAGCCGGCCGGAUGAGAGGAGUGAUACUGAGGAGACAAAACACGUGUCCAGGUUGUCACUGAAUGCUGGACCCAUGUCCAAGCGGCUAGACAACUUCAUUGUGGACAUCACUAACGCCACCCGAAAACAAUAUUUCCCCAACAGCCAAUGCCACCCAAAAAAACCCAUCUCCCCAGAGCCCGUAUCCCCGGCGGCCAAAGCUCUUACAACGCUCCGCCGCAACAGUGACGGUUUCAGUAGACCAUCUAUCUUAGAGAAAGAUGAGGGCAAGGAGACCGCAUUACACUGGAGAAGGAAGGAGGAAGAAGAGCAGCCCUGUGAGGAGAAGUAUGAAGAGGACUUUGAGGAUGCCCCUGGACUCUCAGAUGAGGAGGAACCAGAACCACGGAGGAAGAUCAAGUUCUCAACAUCACCAAUACGGGUGUUCAGCACCUACUCUAACGAGGAAUACGACCGGCGCAACGAUGAGGUGGACCCCGUGGCGGCGUCGGCUGAGUACGAGCUGGAGAAGAGGGUGGAGAAGAUGGACGUAUUCCCCGUGGAAAUUGAAAAGGGAGAUAACGGCCUGGGCAUCAGUAUCAUAGGGAUGGGAGUGGGAGCUGACCAGGGCCUGGAGAAACUGGGAAUCUUUGUGAAGACCAUAACAGAGCGGGGAGCGGCUGAACGGGAUGGCAGGAUCCAGGUGAAUGACCAGAUAGUGGAGGUGGAUGGGAUAAGUCUGGUGGGAGUGACUCAGCUGUUUGCUGCUACAGUCCUGAAGAACACUAAAGGAACGGUCAGCUUUCUGAUUGGCCGGGAGAAGCCGGGGACACAGAGCGAGGUGGCGCGUCUGAUCAGCGAGACUCUGGAGCAGGAGAAGAGCCAGCAGGAGCAGCAGCACCGGGACGACCCCUACGAACAGUCCACCGAGGAGGAGGAGCACUACGAGGAGGAAGACGGAGAGGAGGAAGAUAUGCUAAGGUCUAGUUUCUCUGGCGGAAGGACGGUGGAGGUGUUUGACCUGCCGGAGACAGAGGCCAUGUUCAUGCCCUUCAACAUGGACUCCACGCAGAUGGSCUUGAAAUUCCAGGAGCUCCAAGUGAAAUACAGCUUAGGAACAACGGCAAUAAACCAACUGAAGGAAAAGUUAAGGACGUCCGAGGAGGACAAAGCAUCCAGGGAGACGAGAGUGGCUGAGUUGGAGCAGAAGAUUGAGAGCAGCAAUGAGAAAAUGUUGAAUCUAGAAGGGUACUGGCUAGAGGCCCAGGCUCUGUGUAAAACUGUCAAUGAGCACCUGUCUGAGACCCAGAGCCAGUACGAGRCCCUGGACAAGAAAUACAACAAGGCCAAGAAACUUCUCAAAGAUUACCAGCAGAAGGAGAUUGACUUUGUGAAGAAGGAGGAGGAGCUGAAGAAAGUUCUAGAUGAGAAGKAUCGAUGGUACAAGGAGCAGCUUCAAAGCCUGCAGGACAGGAUAGCGGUCCUGGAGGGCACGCCAGAUUCUGCUGACCGCGUGGAGACCCAGUCAGGUCAGGACUUUGCAGAGGAAAGGAGAUGGAGCAGCCAAGGGAGUGAAGGCCCCGUCACCAACACACAGUCUGUGGACUCUCUACUGUUAGAUACAGACUGGAGCGAGCUGGUCCCUGAGACUGACCGCUUGGACACCAGUGCACACAAGGCCAAGGGCUUACUGGCCCCAAGGAGGAAUCGUCCGUCUCGCAACAAACUGAAGGAGAACCUUGGCGCGUCCCCUUGCCAGUCGCAGGAGAACAAGGAAGAGGGGGAGGAUGCAGAGGAGGACUAUGCCAGGAGGAGGAGGUCCAUCCAGGAGAGCCUGUCCCUGCCAGUGCCCAUCUGUUACCCUGGGAACGGCCAGAAGGACGAGAUCACCGAGGCUGGGGAGAGAUCCAGGAGCAAGCUGGAGCUCUCCAGCAGCUCCUCCCUGCCCCCGUCCCAGAGAAACAGCGCCGAGAGUGGGAGCAGUCCUUCUCUGUCGCCGCCUAAAGAUACCUCUUCGCUCUCGCCACACUCCCCCUCAGGGCUCCUGCGCAAUGUCAAGAAAAGGGAGUCCAAGGGGAAGGGCAAGGAGCUUAAAGAUGAGACAAAUGAGAGUUCUUCAGCAGGAAAACCCAAAAAGACGAUUUUUGGUGGCCUUCGGAAGUCUGGUGGCAAAGGGAAGAAACAUGACAAGGAGGCGAUGCGAGCAUCUCUGGACAGCAGGGGUUCUGCCGAGCUCCUGGAGGAAUCUGGAGGGAACCUGUCCCCCUCUGAGUCCAUGACCUCUAUACCCACCUGUAUGCCCUUCUCCUGGUUUGGGGACAGAGACAGAGACAGGGACAAGGAGCCCUCGUCCUCCAGCAGCAGCCUACCAUAYGCAGCCACUGAGACCAGCAGCGAGCAGAGCCAGGACCGCAAAAACAAGAGUUUGUCAGUCAUAGAUGAUUCAAACCCUGGCAGCCCCAGUUCAGACAUCACAGGCUUAGUUGCAGAGCCCAAUCUGUCUGGGCGCUCGCAUACUUUAGUCUUCUCGUCCAGUGAGACCCUGGAUGAUGAGCCAGUACCCACGGGGAAGGAGUACCAAUGGCAGAACCGCCCUGUCUCAGAGUGGACYAAUCAGCAAAUCUGUCACUGGUUGAUGGGCAUGAACAUGGACCAAUACACUCCUGAGUUCACUGCCAAGGGUGUGGAUGGCCAUCAGCUCAUGCACCUGGACAGUGACAAGUUGAAGGCCCUGGGUGUGUCCAGCCAGAGUGACCGGGCCACCAUCAAGAAGAAGCUGAAGGACAUGAGGAAGGCCCAGGAGAAGCUGGAGAAACAGAGGGAGAAAAGGGAGAAGGAGGCACGACGCAGCGGGAGGCUGCCUCCCAACACUGACUCUGUCUGCUGAGCUGCCCUAGAGGUGACCCACUCUCUGUCGUAACAUAAUCCAAUGUCCCUCGGGUGAGGCAGGACAUUCAACGACCCCUGUAUCUGUUCUGUUUCACCUAUAGGCCUACGUAAGUGCCAUCCACUUCACAGUAGUUACUAAGAGAACACAAGCACAGUCACACACAGUACUGAGACUAUAACGGCCAGUAAUGAUAAUGCUAGUUUAACAGUGUUGAUUUAAUGUGCCAAUUGGAAGAAUCAUCUGAAAAUAGCCCUAUUUGUCAUUGGGUUAUUCACAAGAACACACAAGCUGGCUCUGCUUUUUAAUCAAAUCAAACACACUGACAGCCCUGUUUCCAGCAGUAUCUGUAUCACGUCAUCAUUGUGAUAGAUUGGGGAAACGGGGAUUUCUGAAAGUGAUACUGUAAUAUUGACAAGUGUUGGAGACAUGACCAAUAACAAAACCCAACAUGUUUUUUACCACUAUAAAGCUAUAGAAGUACUUUUAUCMAUUUUAAAAGUUUCCAGAUAUGUAGUUGCAGCAUUUGUGCACAUUUACCCAUACAACAAGUGGAAUGAAUUCAGUACGGCUUUGUGUUUUUUAUAUUGUAUUUUUGCUAGCAUAACUUUCCUGUAACCAUGUACAGAUCUUUUCUUGCCGGAACUUUGUACAGUUAUUGAGAUAAAAGCACUAUAUUGUCUUUUAAGCUUCAAAGCGUGAGGAGGUGUAUACAUUGUUUUAUUAACUGCAUAACUUUUAAAAAAUAAUUAAGGUUCAUAAUUUUAUAUAUACUUUUUCUACUAAGUAGAAUAGCCACUAGGAUGAGAGAAUUUUUGCUAAAUGAAAGGAAUCAAGUAAUGACAACGAACAAUGCUGCUGAUCCCCUCCCCAACUGUGCCUGUUUCGAGAAUGGAGGAUGUACUACUCUGUGGUCCUAUUGUGCCGAAGAGGUUUACGUGUUGCUGAGAUGGUACCAAGACAUGCAAUAUUAUUGUACACUGCAUGCACUGCUUGCUGACAGGGUGUGGGGUCCAUGGAAGUGUGUGCGCCUGUGACAAUAAAUCCAUUGAAUGGUUGGCUGUGUCUGUUGGGUGCAUGUUGAGCUUGUCCAUACCCAAGCAUUUUUUUCAAUGUACAUUAUAAAUUCAAGAAUGAUUCGUUUAUAUUUUGGAUGUAAAAACACUAGUUUAAUUCCCUCCACUUGUUCUAAUACAAAGAGCUAGAUCUUAUUAUUCUAUUCAUGGUACAUAUUGUAAAAGCAGCAUAAAAUAAACAAAUUCUCACACCAGA